CCCUACCCGGGGAUUGUGAAACGAGAAACCCAUUCGACACAGGAGGAACAGCACAGAAAAAAACAUGAGGAGAAUGUCAAACAUAAUUUCGGUAAAACUCCUUUUCUAAACGGGAAGAGGAUGAUUUGUCCAGUCCAUGGUGGAAUAGAGGCAGUUAAAAGGGCACCGCGUAGCUAAAUGGAGUCCGAGCAGCUCUUUAACAGGGACCACUGCAGGACCAGCUACAACAGCAUCGGCAGCGCCAGCAGCGACGAGGAGCUGCUGGAUGGAGCCGGGGUCAUCAUGGACUUCCACACCACCGAGGACGACAACCUCCUGGAUGGGGACGCCACCUCCCCAGGAUCUAACUACGCCAUGUCUAAUGGGGGCGGGGCCGCCACCACCUCCACCCACCUGCUGGACUUCCUGGAGGAGCCCAUCCCAGGGGUGGGGACCUACGACGACUUCCACACCAUCGACUGGGUCCGGGAGAAGUGCAAGGACCGCGAGAGGCAUCGCAAGAUUAAUAGUAAGAAGAAGGAGUCGGCAUGGGAGUUCACCAAGAGCCUGUAUGAUGCCUGGUCUGGAUGGCUGGUAGUCACACUCACAGGCCUGGCCUCAGGCGCCUUGGCUGGUCUGAUUGACAUUGCAUCCGAUUGGAUGAAUGACCUGAAAGAGGGCGUGUGUCUGAGUGCUAUGUGGUUUAACCACGAGCAGUGCUGCUGGGGGUCCAACGAGACCACCUUCGCUGAGAGGGACAAGUGCCCCCAGUGGAAGACCUGGGCGGAGCUCAUACUGGGACAGGCGGAGGGCCCCGGGUCCUACAUCAUGAACUACUUCAUGUACACCUACUGGGCUCUGUCCUUUGCCUUCCUGGCGGUGUGUCUGGUCAAGGUGUUCGCCCCCUACGCCUGUGGCUCUGGGAUACCUGAGAUCAAGACCAUCCUGAGUGGGUUCAUCAUCCGGGGCUACCUGGGGAAGUGGACCCUGUUGAUCAAGACGGUCACCCUGGUGCUGGCCGUGGCCUCAGGGCUGAGCCUGGGGAAAGAGGGGCCCCUGGUCCACGUGGCCUGCUGCUGUGGGAACAUCUUCUCAUACCUCUUCCCCAAGUACAGCAAGAACGAGGCCAAGAAACGAGAGGUCCUGUCGGCUGCGUCGGCAGCAGGGGUGUCUGUGGCUUUCGGAGCUCCCAUAGGAGUGCUCUUCAGUCUGGAGGAGGUGAGCUACUACUUCCCCCUGAAGACUCUGUGGCGCUCCUUCUUCGCCGCCCUGGUGGCUGCCUUUGUGCUGCGCUCCAUCAACCCCUUCGGCAACAGCCGCCUGGUCCUGUUCUACGUGGAGUACCACCCCUGGUACCUGUUUGAGCUCCUCCCCUUCAUCCUGCUGGGUGUGUUCGGGGGCCUGUGGGGCGCCUUCUUCAUCCGCGCCAACAUCGCCUGGUGCCGCCGGCGCAAGUCCACACGCUUCGGAAAGUACCCGGUGCUGGAGGUGAUCCUGGUGGCGGCGGUGACGGCCAUCGUGGCGUUCCCCAACCCGUACACGCGGCAGAACACCAGCGAGCUGAUCAAGGAGCUGUUCACAGACUGCGGCCCGCUGGAGUCGUCCCAGCUCUGCCAGUACCAGCCUGAGGACGGACUCCAGAGGGCCUUCGUCGAGGUGCCCAACCGGCCUGCCGGGCCCGGCGUCUACGCCGCCAUGUGGCAGCUGUGCCUGGCGCUCAUCUUCAAGAUCAUCAUGACCAUCUUCACCUUCGGGCUGAAGGUCCCGUCAGGCCUGUUCAUCCCCAGCAUGGCCAUCGGGGCGAUCGCCGGGCGCAGUGGCAUCGCCAUGGAGCAGCUGGCCUACUACCACCACGACUGGUUCAUGUUCAAGGAGUGGUGCGAGGUGGGAGCCGACUGCAUCACCCCGGGGCUGUACGCCAUGGUGGGGGCCGCAGCCUGCCUGGUGAGCGGCGUGACGAGGAUGACCGUGUCCCUGGUGGUCAUCGUGUUCGAGCUGACCGGGGGGCUGGAGUACAUCGUGCUCAUGGCGGCGGUGAUGACCAGCAAGUGGGUGGGCGACGCCUUCGGGCGCGAGGGCAUCUACGAGGCGCACAUCCGCCUCAACGGCUACCCCUUCCUGGACGCCAAGGAGGAGUUCACACACACCACCCUCGCACGAGACGUGAUGCGUCCUCGCCGUAGCGACCCCCCUCUGGCGGUGCUGACCCAGGACGACCUGACGGUGGAGGACCUGCAGGUCGUCAUCAACGACACCAGCUACAACGGCUUCCCCGUCAUCGUCUCCAAGGAGUCCCAGAGGCUGGUGGGCUUCGCCCUGCGCAGGGACAUCACCAUCGCCAUAGAGAACGCGCGGCGUAAGCAGGAGGGCAUCUUGCUGAGCUCGCGGGUCUACUUCACGCAGCACGCCCCCGCCAUGCCCGCCGACAGCCCCCGCCCCCUCAAGCUGCGCAGCAUCCUGGACAUGAGCCCCUUCACCGUCACCGACCACACGCCCAUGGAGAUCGUGGUGGACAUCUUCCGGAAGCUGGGGCUCCGACAGUGUCUGGUCACUCACAACGGGAUUGUUUUGGGCAUCAUCACUAAGAAGAAUAUCUUAGAGCACCUGGAGGAGCUCAAGCACAACGUGGAGCCCCUGGAGGCUCCUUGGUAUUAUCACAAAAAAAGAUAUCCUCCGUCAAUGGCCCAGAUGGCCGACCCACAUGGCCCAGAUGGCCGACCAAGACCCCGCGUCCAUCAUGUUCAACUAGUCCCCUCCUUCCAGGACCGCCCGGGGGACGAGAGCGAGGAGGAGGAGGUGGUGCGCCUGCUGGACGGCCCCGACCUCUGACCCCGACCCUCCGCUACCCCCCCUCCCCCCGUCCCCAUCCCCCCCCCCCCCCCCACCCCCCCAGAAACAUUAACUCCCUAACACUAAAGCUGACUGAGCGCCGAGAGACCUGCCUGUCGCCCCCUAGUGGAGCAGGGGGAGAAUGGAGGAGGUUCUUCUGUGUCACUGGUUGCUUGAGGAGACUUGUUGUUGACUUGACGUGUUGUGGCCGGGAUAGACGGGAGGUUAGACGCAGUUUAUGAGGAAUGCACUUUUAGUACACCGUACACACACACACACACAUCUAACGUCUGCCAGUAACGCACGCACACCACAUAUAAGCAGCAUGUCGUUUUGUUUUUCCCUCACACACACUGCCCAAACCUCCUAUAUCUAAACACACACAGACACUCUUUGUGGUCCCCUGCUAUCGCCCUUUUCCCAUUGGCUCGCCAUGGGACGUGGGGGUUUCUGAGGGGUCAAAGGUCAGAAUGAUCCGCUGGGAUGCGAGGAGGGACCUACAAACAACCUCUACUUUCUGACUGGUCGGUCAGAUGUCAGGUGAUGCCCGCAGCGCCCAAUCCCUGGCUCUCACUUCACCCAGCCCUCUUUAAAAAGAACAUUGUUUACCUGUGAAGUGUGCGUGAAGCACGAGUGUGUGUGCGUAUCACGAGCACCUCUACAUUCCAAUCAGGUUGUCAGGGUAACCUGUGAAAAUUUUGCAUACUCACCCAACCAAUGGCGACCCCUGUCUUAUAGUAGACUACUGCUUUCUUGAUCUUAGAUCGUGAUCAAAGGGAGAUUGCUUUAAAAUGUGUGUGUGUGUGUGUGUUGCCAUGUGAGGCAGGGAAUUAGAAAGUACUGUAAUUUAAGAAGAAGAAAAAAAAUCUGUUUCUGAUUCAUUUGCAAACAGAUGUACUAACAACCAGACAGGCCACCUGUUGAAGGGUGUGUGUGUGUGUGAAUGUGAGAGUGUGUGUAUGUUUAUUUGUUCUGAGCCAUGUCAGUGCUAUGCUGCUGAGGUGUGUGUGUGUGUGUGUUAGAUGGCUAGCUACCAUCUCUUCAAUCUUGAAGGCGGAGUGUAAAUGUUAAUAAUAAAGGAAAAAAAUAACUCAAGGUUGAGUUCAUCUGUGUACUCCUGUUACUGGGGGAAAAAAAUACUUUUUUCUUUCAAAACUAUUACUGUUGCUACUACUUUUUAGUAUUGAUAUCUGCAUAAUCAAGUAGCUUUUUACAGCCUGAGAUGAAACUCAAGUCCAAACUGGAAAUAUUGCACCUGUUAUUUCCUCCCCCAAGUGAAUGAAAUGAAAAGAUGAAAAUGGAGGAGGUGGGAUGGUUGUGGUGCACUGUUGCUGGUGUCUCUAAGACUUCCCUCUUUCUGCUGUUUCAUGCUUUGUGAGAAAUGUGUCUUGUGUUUAAUUAGGGACAGGAUAUUUGUCCUCUCUCUCUCGAGCGCACCCCACCCACCCACCCUUCUUGCUCCAGUCCCUUGGGGUUGGGGGAAACAAACACCCCCCCCCCCCCCCGAAAAAAACGCAUGUUAUUUAAUUACCAAAACCAACAAAAAAAACUAUUUUUAAACAGCAACUAUUUCUAACACUCCAUUUGUCCUUCUCAAAAGCAUGGACUAUCUCAGCUCAGGUUGCUGUAGCCUGUCAUAGGAGACUCAGUUGUGCAUUGCAGUGUAUUGGACACUUAUGAGUAACCACGUGUCUGAACAGAGAUGUGAUGAAACACUCUUUCACGCUGUCCCAGCUCACAUCUGCGGAGAUGUGACCAGGUAGGAUUGGUCGAGGCAACAUGUUGACGCAUCCCCAUUUGACCUUGUCACGUGGAGUAGAUGUCUGUCACCGUGGCGACUGAUCUGUCCGUAUCCAGUGCAGGGUAAAGUGGCGGUUGGUUUGGGCUCUAUAACACACUAAUAUUUUUUUGUUAAUUUUUUUACACCACAGGAGUGAGUCAUCUGACUUGUGCGCUCAUCUCUCAAACCUCCCUCCCCCCCCGUCCCCUCCUCUUCCUCGUACCGGCUGAGGUGUGUGUGUGUGUGUGUGGAGAGGUGGUCGGCGUCACUGUUUCUGCGUUGGCCUCUCUCUUUUCAGUGACUUCCCUGCUGUCACCACGGCAACCAAGGCAUUUAUGUUUCCCUGUGGUAUUGCCUCACACUGUAGUGUUACACACAUCUCAAUGCCCCCCCCCCUUACUUUUUUUUAUUUAUGGCUAGUGUUUAGAGUUGUACAUGAUGAAGAAUUUUAUGUAUGAUUAUUACAUUGAUGGUUUGAUUGUACAUUUAAAACAAAAUAUGUAAAGAUUAAACAUUUUGUUUCAAAUAAAAAAAUGUUGAAGUUG